AUGUGCGAGGGGAUUGUGAAGAAAAGCGAGCUGGUGCUUUGGAACGGCCAGCCGAGCCAGGUGGAGAGCUGUGCCAUCUGCCGCGAGGCUUUUCAAGUGGGUGUGGACAUCUGCCGCGUGUUGGAUUGCACGCAUGUCUUCCACGCCAAGUGCAUCGACAUGUGGUUCGUGAAGGCAUCUUCGUGCCCUCUCUGCAAGAAUGACCUCAAGCUGUGUGGCAGGAACAGCGCCUCUCAGCGCUCUUUGGGCAGGUCUUCGCACACCUCAUCCAACAUGUCUCUGGGCUCUGCUUCUUUGCGAUCUGGGCAGAUCCUAGUUGGUCACUCCAAUUCCGAUCCAGCCCUCCUUCGGGCUCUACAUCCGGAGGGUCUUGGCCUACUGCGGCGCAGUUCCCCACCACCGACUCCGGACCGCCAUGCUGGCAGCGCGCCGUCCUUGGCGAUUACGUCG